AUGGUAUUUUCUUUUUGGAACACUGUCAGGUUGGUUGUUCCAAGACAACCUAUAGAGUUUCGCGAUAAGGCAACGGACGAGAGCGUUACCGUACAAAGAAUAAUUGAGGAGGAUAUUCCAGAAUUUAGGGACGGCGCGAGGCAACUAUUUCAUCCUUUAUAUUUUACAGGUUUACUUCAGACUUUUGCUACCUUUUCUAGGAAUGCUAGGAACGUUGACAUUGUUUGGUACCGAAGGCUAAUGCUAAAUUACGAGGAUGGAGGUGUAGGAGCACUGGAUUUUGUAACGCCGCACUCCACGUGGGAAAAAUAUAAUUUAGAUGAUAUGGAGAUUCCCGAGACCCAAAAGAACAGUCUUGGUCCGUUCUGUAGAUACUUUACUACUCCGGAGAUUGACGCGCUUCCCUCUGCAGAUGAAAAACCAAUAUUAUUGUAUUUACAUGGUUUAACCGGAGGUUCUCAGGGAAGAUGGGUACGACACACUGUGAAGCUUAUAAACGAAAAGUAUGGGUUUGAAGCAUGUGUUCUGAACCACAGGGGCUGCGGGUAUUCUACUAUCACAACCCCGCGAUUAUUCAAUGCUCUCUCAACAAAUGAUCUACGCACCGCAGUAAAUAAACUGCGGAGUUUAUAUCCAAAUCGUAAAAUCUAUUUGAUGGCAACUUCAUUUGGAUCAUCGCUGGUGAUAAACUAUCUGGGACAGGAGGGUAGCAAAUCCGAGAUUUCAUGUGCUGUGGUGCUAGGUACUCUUUGGGACUUUUCAGCUUCUCAACACUCUCUUAAACGCAAUAAGUUGAACAAUAAAGUAGUUGGCAAUAUGAUUACUCGCAAUCUAGUUGCCAUGGUGAAAGAACACUUGGAUGAACUGCUGAGGGACCCAAAUAUGGUGGAAAGCUACAAGAAGUUGGAUACAGUAACAACAUUCGAAGAGUAUGAUAAUGAAUUUACUGCCAAAAUAUUUGGGUACAACACAUCCUUUGAAUAUUAUCGUCAUGCCAGUUGUGUAAAUCAGAUAUUGCAGGUAAGGACACCUUUGAUAUGCCUUAACUCAUUAGACGAUCCGCUUGUGCCAGCCGAAACUAGCCCUCAUAGAGAAGUUGACGUUAAUCCUUAUCUAUUGUUAGUGGAAACCACUAAAGGUGGUCACGUUGGCUGGAUAACACCUAAUGGCACUAGGUGGGGUCUCGAAUCUGUUUGUAAGUUAUUUGCCAAAUUCCAGGAAAGGAUAGUCGCUCAUAAGUUGACGGCUGAUAUGGCUAGUGUGGUAUUGCCCACACCUGUUUAUUUUGACAAUUAA